GACUGCAAAUCCCAGAAUUCAGUUUUCUUGCGGACGAAAAUGUUAGCAGUGGCAAGGCAGCGCUCUUCCUUUAUGAACGUUUUACCGGCAAAUAAAAACAGCAGAAUUUGUUAUUUUCGUGUGACAGUUAAACACUUCAUAGUUUAACUCAUUUACAUUUCUUCAAGAAAUUGUUGAUGCAUAUACAGUACAGUACGAAUGUGAAAAGAUAUCGAUGACCGUUGGGUGGAGCCGAGCUGACAGGCACCUGCGCUCACCGCGGCGCUCUGUUCCUGCCAUGGAUUACAAGCACAUUGCGAGCACAGUGGCUGACAACCUCCUCAACUGCAGCAAAGACCAGACAGGGUGGAAAGUGUGCAAGAAAACGAAUGAAGUAACAGUUCACUGGAGGCCUUCAACCGAGUUUCCAGGAAAUUUAUACAAAGGAGUGGGCGCUGUCAAUGGGAGCCCAGAAAAGGUGUGGGGGUGCCUGGAACCAGUGCCAGAUGGGCUCAGAGUCAAGUGGGACAACAAUGUCAAGAGGUUUGAGCUCAUAGAAAAGAUCGAUGACAAUGUGUCUGUGUGCAGAACGGUCACUCCCUCUGCUGCAAUGGGCCUUAUAUCGCCUCGAGACUUCGUGGAUGUUGUUUUAGUUAAGCAAUAUGAAGAUGGCACCAUUACUUCAAAUGCAACCAAUGUGGAACAUCCUGACUGCCCACCCAAACCAGGCUAUGUCCGAGGGUACAACCACUCCUGUGGGUGUUUCUGUGUUCCCAUUCCAGGAGAGCCAAACAAGACACAGCUGUUAAGCUUUUUUCAGACCGACCUGGGAGGCUUUCUCCCACGAUCUGUGGUGGAUUCCUUCUUCCCCUCCAGUAUGGCCGAGUUUUACAGCAACCUGGCAAAAGCAGUGAAAACACUCAAAGACAAUUGACAGUCCUUAUUAGAAAUUUAAAAAAACAAUCACAUCAAACUGAAACUUUGUUUAUUCCAAUUACUGGAAAACUGUACCUUUAUUCCUGACUGUACAGCGGUAUCACAGAUGCUGCCAAAUGCCCUUUAAUGUCACAGAAAAAAGUACUUGAAUAUCAGUAUAUAAUAGUAUAUCAGUAUAUAAUAAUAUAAGUAUAUAAUAUAUCAGUAUGAAGUAUAAAGUACUGAAUAUCAAACAGUAUUUAUUACCACUAUAGAUCAAAUUUAAUUUAAAAUACAAAUAUUAAAUUUGUAUAAUGAAAUGUGCUUUUUGUAGAUGGUCUUUUAUUUCUAUCUUGUGACUCUACUAAUCGCUUAGUUGUUUUGUCAAAUUUUCACUGACAUUCCAUUUUUUUUUAAAUGGUUAUUUAGGCUAACAGGCUAGGUACAGGGUGUAUACCAUUUCUGUGAAGAGUGAUUGGGUGAGACUGAUUUUUUUUACAUCUACCACAGAAGCAUACUGCGAGGUAAUUUAUUUUGUAAAGAAGAUAAGACUGUACUGUGUUGUUGGUGUAUACUGGUGUAUACUAAAAGCUAGGCACUUUUUAAAGGUUUGCCAAUAGUCAUUAGCUGUGACAGAGCUAGUAGUAAAACUGCGGUCCGUUAGGUAAAACAGAGAGCCAGCAUGAAUAAUGUACAACUUGUUAAUGUUCCUCUUGAGUCAUGAAUUUCUCUGUAAACUGUUAAUUAAGUGUACGGAUACCAGCUGUGUUGGUCCACUGUUCCCUGCCUUCUUCACACUGAAAAACACUUUUUUAAUUAUUUGAGUUGUUACUUAAGUACAUUCAGACAUAAUUGUGAGUUUGCUUAUUUGGUAUUGGCUAAUAUGCAUGGUCUCAUUUUUUAGAUUUUUAAUUUCUGAAAUUAAAUUGAAGAUUUUCAUUCAUUCUGUGUCAUGCAUACUCAGGAUAUGUCUACGUUUAUACAUUGUCCGCCCUGGAAAACUUUAUUUAGCAGUAAUAUAAAGAUCAGUUUUAAUAUUGAUGAGUAGACUAUACAGUAUAAACAGUACCAAUGCUAUGCUAUAUGUUUCUGUCACUUACAAUUAUUGUGUUUUAGCAUUUGUGUGUAUCGGUCUUGAAUUAAGAGAUGACGUUUGGUCAUGUACACUGUACAAGUUGAUUAUAUUUUAGAUUAUUUGAUCAUUUAUUUUUAGAACACUUUUGUAAUAGAUAUCCUAAUGAAUGAGAUAUGGACAUACCUUAAUAUGUGAAUCAAUUAAUAUGUGAAUCAAUUGCUGCUAUUAGAAAACAAUCACCUAAAUGUACUUGGCAUUAUAAUAUUUAAUAAAAUGAGAUAACUGCAACACUGAG